AUGGCCGGCAAGCCUUACCGAGUUGGCCGAUUUGCCCACACUCUUCGGAUGAGGUUGAUGCGAGAGCAUCUUGGCCUCGACGUGGAUGGAAUCCUAGAGGAGGAGCGAGAAGCAGAGGAAAUGGAAGACGCCGCCUUUGAGCAGGACAUGGACGCUAUAUACGAGGAGGACGCGACGCCUGUCGGCGAAAUGUCCAGCUCUAAGAGUGCACCACUGCCAAUUAAUAACCUUCGUUUGCCUAGCUUCAACCACGAUCUUGAUCUGGCAACAGUGGAGGCCACCCAAGACCUUGACUCCUCUUCAUUAAAAGGAGAAGAGCCCGAGACCGACCCUCGUGUCACUGACAAGGGCCAUCAGUUGGAUUUGUCAGGAUAUGGCCCAGACCACUGGAAGUCGGCAGAAAAGUCGGGCACAGAUGAGGGUCGAGAUUCUGCUAUAGUUGAUGGCCGUGAAGUCCUUUUACACGAUGGGAAGCGGCUCUCAGGGACACACCAGGCUCCUCAGUCUCCCACUUCACGCCGUCACCACACUUCACACCAGAAUCAUAACGAUGAACCUGGUACCUCGACCGCACCUCUCCCCCCAGCUAGCAGGAAUGGCGCGGAUACGGCUGAUCAGCCUGGCCUGGCUUCAGCUGCACCAGCGGUGCCCUUGCCCGUGCUUGACGAUACAAACAUUGGUGGCCCUCCUGCGCAUAUCGAUCCCAAGACAGGCCGCCCAACAAACGAGCCGUUCCAUCCGUUGGCUGCAGAUAUCCUGCCCGCUCUCAUCGAUAAGGACUGUAUGCAAGAUCCGUUAGAUCCCACCUUUAUGGACGAAGUUUGGGGUCGGUCUGCGCGCAACAAUACAGUGCUUUAUCGUAGAGUUUUCCGUUGCAUGCCUGAUUCCAAAGUUGGCACUUGGGCUGAAUAUCGCGAAUAUAUGGAUUACAGCGUCAAGUUCCGUGCUAUGAUGGAGGGGAAAUCUGCCACUGACGAAACUGAGGCAAGCCGACAGCGCACCCCUGGCGACGAGGCAGCAGCUCCAAAGCACAGCGACCAACCUAAGAUUCAGCUGCCCGAGGGCGACGGCGACGACGAAAACGAGAAGCCGGCUUCACGCGGCAGCAGCGGAGAGGAAUUGGCUCUCCGUCCUCCGCCUGCCGAUGGAGUAACAGACAACCAGAGCUCGCUAGAACCGCCCUCACCUGUUUAUGCUGCAGGAGAAGUGCCGUUCCCUACAAUGGACACUUCUCCAUCAAAGCCAGUCUCGCGAAGCAAAAGCAGAGACCGCAGACCGACUUUCUCAACCAUGGAGAAGCCGUCAUCGAGGGAUACUAAUGCUGCUCCUCCUCUGGCGCCAGCUGCUAGUGCACCAGUCAAGCGUCGUCGCCGAGCCACCACUAAGGGGAGCCGCCGUGGACUCUUGAUUGAAGAAAUGCCAUCGCGUGUCGAGGCUGAGCAGCUCUUGGAAAUGGUGCAAGGAAACCUAGUCGAAUUCCCAUACGAUUGGCUGCUUACAGAGGAGCACAAUGGUAACUGGGGUUACCAGGUAGAUGGAGUGGCUCCUAUUACCAUUUAG